AUGCAGCGGGUCAAGAAUUUGGAUUACGACGAGGAUGACUUGUACUCGGACGACGAAGAUUAUAACGAGGAAGGCGGGGACGAGCAAGAGCAGACGGCAGAGGAUCGCGAGAACUUCGCGGCACUGACACCGGUGGUACGAGCAGAGCUGGAGGAGAGUGGUGUGCAGGUCGACGAUGGCGAAAUCGAAAAGGCAUUGUACUACUACUAUUGGGAUGUCGGAAAGAGCGUGGCAUAUCUGAAGAACUCAAAAUCGCCGCAGACUGCAACUCCAGAGCAGCAACCGAAGAAGGAAAAGCCGAAGAGCAAGUUUGACGAGGCUGCAGAGAAGAGUGCAGAAAAAGCGAAACUAGCAAAAUCAGAUCCAUCUACAAAUGGGAUGGCAGCGAAGACCGAGGCAUUGAAGCUGGAUGCUGCAGCCGCAGGACCACCCCAGUCGAAAGUAAGGAGUAAAGGUCUUAAUGUACCGAAGCUAUGGAGCGAAGGGAGGGCAACAAGGAAGUCUACGGGAGGCUUCGUGGUUGUUGGUCAUGUCGACCAUGGCAAAAGUACACUCAUGGGCAGACUGCUACUCGAUACAGGCGCAGUGUCUCAAAGAGAGGUUGAUAAGUUCAAAAAGCAAGCGACCGACAUUGGCAAGCCCUCAUUUGCCCUGGCCUGGGUGAUGGACACGGGCUCCGAAGAGCGCGAACGCGGAGUGACCGUCGACAUCGCACAGCAUCAUUUCAGCACGGACAGUGUCGAAUUCACCAUACUUGAUGCACCAGGACAUCGCGACUUUGUUCCCAACAUGAUUGGAGGCGCGUCGAUGGCGAAUCUUGCGGUCCUUGUCGUGGAUGCAAAUCAGCUCGAGUCCGGCAUGAAGGGUCAAACGAGGGAACACAUCGUGCUCGCCCAUGCCGUUGGGCUGCGGAGGAUCGUCGUUGCAGUCAACAAGCUUGACUCCACAAAGCCGGCAUGGAGCGAAGAUCGAUUCGAAGCUGUGCGUGCUCCUGUCCUGAAACUGCUCACCGAGACCGGCUUCCUGGCCGAGAACAUCGCAUUUGUGCCAUGCAGCGGACUGGGCGGCGAGAACGUGGUGACCUCGCCAUCCAACGUAGCGGCCGCGAGCUGGGUUCAGGCAUCGCACCAGACGCUGUUGAAGCAGCUGGAGAGCUCGAUCCCACCCCUCGUCGGCCUCGAGGUUGUCGAGAAGCCCCUACGCAUGCAGAUUUCGGAUGUCUUCCGCGGUGGCAUAUCAAAUCCCCUGUCGAUAUCUGGUCUGAUGCGUCAGGGAAGCUUACAGGUCGGCGACCUGAUUGUGGCGCAACCCAGCGGUGAGACGGCCACGAUCAAAGGCAUCGAGGUCAACGGAGAGGCGCGGCCUUGGACGGUGGCUGGGGAGAUACCAACCCUGCAUCUGCUGGAUAUUGAGCCACAACACUUGCGGAGCGGAGACAUUGUAUGCACGUCGCUAAAGCCUGUGUCGGUGGUGAAGAAAGCAACGGUUAAGGUUCAGGCGAUGGACAGUCUGCUGCCGCAGAGUGCGGACGUGCACCUGGGUCGCAUGCACGUGUCGGGAGCCAUCAGCCAGCUGGUGGCUACUGUUGAUAGCAAGGGCGCGUUACUCAAGAAGAAGCCAAGAAUGGUAAAGCCAGGACAGACGGCACUGCUCAAGCUCACGUUGGAAGAUGCGGUGCCAAUGGAGAGUGGCGAUAGAGUGGUAUUGAGAGCGGCAGGCGACACCAUCGCGGCAGGCAUUGUGCAGAGUGUAGAAUCUUAG